AACAUCUUUGUAAUAAAAAAAAACUCAACCCAGCCAAAGGUUAAUUUUUCGUGUUCUUCGUUUUCAAUUGGAAAAAACCUAAAAUUGCCGGGCUCUUUUGUUAUCUUUAAUCAAGAUAAUCAAUUGAUAAAGAAUACUACUUCCUCUGUAAAUUUGGAAAAAAAAAACAAUUUUAAUUCAAAAUGAUGGCCGAAGAAGCUGUUAAAAAUUUAGCUCUCUACAUAAUGAAUGAGGAAUGCUAUGACAAUUAUUUUGUCGAUCAUGAUUUCCUUGAUGUACCAUGUUUCAAAGCCCUUUUAAGCAAAGGACUUGGCAUGGGAAUCAUUGCAGGUUCGUUACUAGUCAAAGUGCCACAGGUGCUUAAAAUCCUUGCUAACAAAAGUGGCGAGGGCAUCAGUGUAAUGGGUGUUCUACUCGAUUUGGUGGCUAUCACAUUCCAUAUGUCGUAUAAUUUUAUGAAUGGCUACCCCUUCAGUGCUUGGGGUGAUGCAGUCUUUUUGAUUCUUCAAACUGCUGCCAUUGCUGCGUUGAUUUUCUUUUAUGGAGGUUCCUCAGCUAAAGCUGGAGUAUUCUUGGCAGCAUACUCGACAAUUGUAUAUGUUCUAAAUUCGGGUCUAACGCCGCUGAAGAUAAUCUUCAUGGCACAAAGUAUUAACAUCCCAAUCAUCUUGGUUGGCAAAAUGACACAAGCUUAUACAAACUACAAAAACAAGAGUACUGGCCAAUUGUCAGCAGCAACUUGCUUCAUGUUGUUGGCUGGUUCUUUGGCAAGGAUAUUCACAUCAAUCCAAGAGACUGGGGAUCCAAUGAUGGUGCUCACUUUUGGAGUAUCUUCGUUUGCCAAUGCGGUGAUUGUUGCACAGAUGGUUUACUACUGGAAGAAGACUGGCAAGAAACCUAUUAAGACUAAGGUUUCACCAAAGAAAGCAAAGAGCAAGAAGAUUAACUAAACUGGUUGGUCGUUUUUUUUUUUAAGUUUUCUUUUUUAUUAGUUUCAAUAAAGUGUAUCACUUCAGUUGUA